GGUCACCAGGCACGGCCCACCUGGACCACGACCAUGGUGUAGGUGUUUGAAUAGGACAGCAACUGUUAGAACGGUGGAAAGAUGAAUGGUUUCAGACAUGCCACCGUGAUAACACUGAGAACAUGUAGGCAUAGGCAUAGUCGUAUUGCACUGCCACUGCAACGUUACGUACGAAUGUGUGCUAAAAACAUAACAAGCAUUGCGGUCUUUCCGCCGUCGAGUUUCAUAGACGACACUGUGUCCGUCGUAGUCAGUGGUUUGGCACCGAACACUCGCGUUAGCUUACGGUCAAGUGUGCAGGAUAGAGACAAGGUUUUCCAAGCCGUGGGUCAUUUUGAGGCUGAUCGGGAUGGUAAAGUGGACCUUAACGCCCAGCAAUCACUGGGUGGUAGCUACACAGGUUUGGAACCCAUGGGGUUGUUUUGGAGCCUCGGCCCUGCACCAGGCCAAAAGAGGGGUAUUCGCUUCGCAAAGCAAGACCUCAAGGAACCUGUCGAAAUCACCUUUGCCGUGUACAAUGAGCAUUUGGAGUUGCCGUUGCUCAUCACAGCACAACCACUGGUCGUCACUCAAACACGGAGAUGGUACAUGAAGGAGAGUGAAGUGGACAGAAUCAAGAUACACUCAGGGAAGAUCCGAGGAAUUCUCUAUAAACCAAAAGGACCAGGUCCAUUUCCAGCCGUGAUCGAUAUGUUUGGUCUAGCAGGUGGAAUCAUUGAAUACCGGGCAGCUAUGCUGGCUUCCAAGGGAAUCGUCGCCCUUUCUCUUCCCUACUGUGGUUACGAGGACCUGCCUCGGACUUAUGAUCGUCUGGAGUUUGAAUAUUUUGAGGAGGCAACUGCCUGGCUAUCCUCGCAAUCCUUUGUGCCUCCCAAUGCUAUAGGUAUAGUAGGCACAUCCUUUGGAGGCAGCGUGGGUCUUGAAAUGGCGGCAAGACUUCCCCAGAUAAAGGCGGUUGUUGCUAUUUCAAGCCUUCCAUACAUUUUAACUCACAUGACGUACCGUGGGGGAAAGGUGCCUUCUUCGCAUCCACCAACCGACGAUGCACAGAAAGGCUACGUGACCAAGGAAGGUUUUGUGAUGAAAGACAUCUUUAAGGAGGACACUUAUAACUUACCAGACGAGGAACUGAUCGAUAUGCAGAACUCGGGGGCACGUUUCCUUUUAGCCAUUGGGGAGGACGAUCAAAAUAUCCCAGCUGUAGAGGGCGCCAGACGGAUGGUCCAGAAGAUGCAGUCUCACAACCAGACUAACUACGAGUUGCUGAGCUACAAGGGGGCGGGGCAUCUUCUGGAACCCCCUUUCCAACCUCUGAGCAGAGGAUUCUAUAAUGCUCCACUGAACCACGUGCUGGAUUUCGGUGGAGAGAUGAAAGCACACGCUCAUGCCUGUCAGGAUGUUUGGUCUAAGACUCUUUCCUUCUUGCGAAGACACCUGAAUGACCACUGAAGGAGACGGACAUCAACUAACAUCAUCGUCAAGAAUUAGCAAGCUUUAAGUUCUGGUGAAUUUAAACGUCACAAAUCUGCAGGACUGGUGACAUCAUUAUAUUUAAAAGUUGCUCUCUUUAUGAUUUUCCUAUUUUGAGCGUUAGCAAUCCUAUGAAAGAGGCUUUUAAUUUCAGUUGCUUUUGCUUCUGACAAAAAAAGAUGCCCUAAUAUUUUUGGCGGAUCAUGCCCCCUUUAAAACAUCUUUUGUUGCAGCAUAUUUCUUUACAGAUAAUUGGUUUUCUGAAUCAUCCCGAUAAUAACAAAAUUUGGUCCAAACAACUAAAGAAUACCUAAAAAAGUACUUAAAGAAUAUAAAAAUCCAAGAUAAUAGAUAUGACAAUUAUUUUUUAGGUCAAUUUAUGUUUAAGUGCGUUUCUUUUGUAUGAAUGGCUUUUUAGAUAUUAACAUUAUUUUGUUUUUAUGUUGAAUGAAUCAAUAAUGAAACAAUCAUGUGUUUCUUUCAAACGUUUGGCCAAAUGUGGUAGUAAAAAGUUCUUGGGUUGUCGAUUUUGCCCCGAAAAUUUUAGGUUGGUCAAUACCCAAAAACCAGAAUUCUGUUUUGGUGUAAACAACAAUCAGUAAUAGUCCUCCAAAACAUUUUCUUUAAAAACUGCUGUUAGAAACAUUUAUGGUUGGAAUCAUAACUGAAAUAAAUCAUUUGAAAUAAAGUAUUA